ACUUCUCUUAUUGCAGAAAAAAGUGAGACAAAAAACAACACCAAUCUAUUGAAUCUAAGAGAGAGAAGAAGAAACAUGAAUAACCAGAAUGUAGAUGAUCAUAAUCUUCUACUCAUUUCUCAGUUGUACCCUAAUGUCUAUACUCCAUUAGUACCACAACAAGGAGAAGCAAAACCAGCGCGGCGGAGGAAAAGGAAGAGCAAGAGUGUUGCGGUGGCAGAAGAGGGUGGAGCUGGAGGCAAUGGGUGGUUUAGAAAGAGAAAAUUGAGUGAUGAGCAAGUAAGAAUGUUGGAGCUUAGUUUUGAAGAUGAUCAUAAGCUUGAAUCGGAGAGGAAAGAUCGGCUUGCUUCGGAGUUAGGGCUUGACCCUCGUCAAGUCGCCGUCUGGUUCCAGAACCGCCGUGCACGGUGGAAGAACAAGAGAGUUGAGGAUGAAUACACUAAACUCAAGAACGCAUAUGAAACCACUGUCGUUGAGAAGUGUCGUCUUGAUUCUGAGGUUCUUCACCUAAAGGAACAACUUUACGAGGCUGAAAGAGAGAUCCAACGACUUGCACAAAGAGUUGAAGGAACUUUAAGUAACAGUCCGAUCUCAUCCUCUGUGACCAUUGAAGCCAAUCAUGCGACACCGUUUUUCGGAGAUUACGACAUCGGAUUUGACGCUGAGGGGGACGAGAACUUGCUCUACUCGCCAGAUUACAUUGAUGGAUUAGAAUGGAUGAGCCAAUUUAUGUAAGAAGUUACUAGCUAAUUCAUUAUUAAUCGUAGUAUAGUAUAAUAUAUAGGGGUUAUAUAUUGUGAUAAUUAGAUUAAUUUAUAAUUGGUCGAUAUCUACAAUGAAGCAGAAUGUAGAUA